CCCACGUGCGCCGGCCCGUGUCCCCGCCGGCAGGGGCCGCCCUCGCGCUCCGCCUGCCCGCGCCGCGCCCCGGAGGGGCCUGGGCCGAGCGGCGGCAGCGGGGACCGGCCGCGGCCGCGAUCCCGGCGGGUCCGGGGGCGGAAUGAGGAGGUGCAAACAAUAUGCUUUUGAUAGCAGUAAUGAAGAAAUAGAAGACUGGCUAUUUCAUGUAUUAAGAUGGAUUAUUUACAAGUGGAGUAACUAAGGUGGUGACAAGUUUGGGCUUCUGAAUCCUCAUAAAAAUGAGUGAAGUACAGGCCAUGGUAGAAUUCUCCGUGGAGCUCCACAAAUUCUACAAUGUGGAUUUGUUUCAAAGAGGUUUUUACCAGAUUCGUGCAUCUAUGAAAAUUCCUCCAAGAAUUCCACACAAAUUAGAAGCUAGCUUGUUACGUGCUACUGGUGCUGAUCUUGCCUUUCCAGCAUCAGUCCAUGACAACAUAGUUUGCAGUAAAACAUUUCAGAUUCUUUACAAAAAUGAGGAGGUUUCUGUGAAUGAUGUUAUGAUCUUCAAAGUUAAAAUGCUGUUAGAUGAAAAGAAGAUUGAAGAAUCCCUUAAUGAAAUGAAUUUCCUUUUAACUUUAGAUCUGCACUUCACAGAUGCAGAUUAUUCGCCAGACGACUUGAGCAUGCUGCAGCUAAUUAGUAGCCGAACAUUAAAGUUGCACUUUAAUAUACACUGGGGCCUUCAUCACUAUGUCAAUGUUAUGUUUGAUUACUUCCACCUCUCUGUCAUAUCUGUUAUAGUCCAUGCCUCUUUGGUUGCCCUACACCAGCCAUUGAUAAGCUUUCCUCGCCCAGUGAAGACUACAUGGUUGAAUAGGAAUGCACCAGCACAAAACAGAGACUCUGUAAUUCCUUCUCUUGAAAGUGUGGUCUUUGGCAAUAACUACACAAAACAGUUAUCAGCAGAUGGCUGCAGUUUUGUGAUUGCAGAGUCCUUCCUGAAUCAUGCCUACAAUUUCCACUGUACACUUUGUGCCAGUUUGCUACUUGCAUUCAAAGGGUUACAUAGGUAUUUCAUCAUGAUAACAAAGGAGCUCCCUUCCUCUCACCGAAUUGAACUGGCCAAGGCCAGCAUGCAGGUCCUAUAUGAACGCCUUCUCAGAAGAAAAUAUCUACGAACCCAGAGAGACGCCUAUCUAGAGAACAUAGAUGUAGAAGCUCGCCUAACAGAACUAUGUGAAGAAGUAAAGAAAAUGGAAAAUCCUGAUGAACUGGCAGAACUUAUAAACAUGAAUCUUGCACAGCUUUGCUCUCUUCUCAUGGCUCUGUGGGGGCAGUUUCUAGAGGUCAUUACCUUACAAGAGGAAGUCACAGCAUUGCUAGCACAAGAACAUCAUACAUUAAGGGUACGCAGAUUUGCUGAAGCAUUCUUUUGUCUUGAGCAUCCCAGGCAAGCUGCCCUUGCAUAUCAAGAAUUACAUGCUCAGAGUCAUCUACAAAUGUGUGGAGCCCUUAAAAACACCUCAUUCUGCAGUACUCUUCCGCCUCUCCCUAUUGAAUGCAGCGAACUAGAUGGAGACAUGAACUCAUUACCAGUAAUUUUUGAAGACCGAUAUUUAGAUUCCAUUACUGAAGAUUUGGAUGCACCUUGGUUGGUAGUUCAGAAUCUUCAGAAAUCAGAGUUCAAUAAACUGGAUAAAUUUGAGGCUGAAGAAAGUUUUGUAGCUGGAUUUAUGAGCCCAGAGUUGAAAGUCAGAUCUACAGGUGCCACCAACAUUUGGCAUUCAGAAAGUGAAAAGCAACUAGUUAAGCCUUUGAAAGGGAAAAAUGAAGAUGUACAUAAAUCCAAAACUAAGGUUACUAAACUCAUGAAAACAAUGAAAACUGAAAACACAAAAAAAAUAGUAAAACAGAAUUCUAAAGACUCUGUAGUCUUAGUGGGUUACAAAUGUUUGAAAAGUGCAGCACCAGAACACAUCUCUAAAUGCUAUGAAGGCAGGCCUUCAUAUAAUCAGAAGGAAGUGUUGGAUCCCACAGUAGCUGGAUUUGUUUGUGAUACAAAGACCUGCACUAGACAAAUGAGUCAAAAAGAACUUAGAUGUUUGCCACCUAAAACUGAUCAAAUAUCGGCCAGAACUGAAAAUGUUCAACAAAGUCAGUGUAGCCCUGUGAACUCUUGUACAAAUUUGGAUAUUUUUUGUAGGGUUGAUAUGUCUCAGGCAAGUACUGAAAUUACACAAGUAGAUAGUGUCCUGGCCCCAAGAGGUACACUUGAAACUUGUCUUGGAAAUCAGCCAACUUCAUCAGGAGUCAGAACAAUUGAGGUCAAACCAAAUGAUAAGAAUCCUUAUGAAGGGGAGAAAGUGACUGUUCACAUUGGGUCAUGGGCAGAAUUUCCAGAAGAUGGAGUGCAUGGAGAGAAUUUACUGGUGCCCAACUUUCAGACUACAGAAUCUGGAAGUACAACUAAUUUAGGAGAACAGGAAUUAGUGCUUGAAAAGGAUGAAGUCCCAGAAAGAAACUUACGGCAUGGUGGAGAUACUUUCACAAAAAUGAAAAGCAAUCAGCCUGCUCUUUCUACAAAAGAGACCCAUAUUGCUGUAAUUGGAGACAUAAUUAAGUUACCAGAUGUUAGUGUCGCUUAUGCCUCAUCUAGAUUUUCAGAUUCAGGAGUUGAAAGUGAACCAAGCUCUUUUGCAAUGCAUCCCAACCCUGAUGUGGUUUUUGAAACUGGUCAAGGGCAAAGUGCCUACAACAGUGAAAGAAUAUUUUCUCAGCUUUUACUGAAACCGGACUAUAAUAUAAAAAAUGCAAUAGAAAGCCAUUGUACUGAGAGUACCAGUGCUGUAAGUGAAAUACAGUCAUCCCUGACAUCCAUAAACUCUCUGCCUUCAGAUGAUGAUGAGCUGUCACCUGAUGAAAAUUCAAAGAUAUCUGUUCUACCUGAAUGCCAACUAAGUGACAGCAAAACUAUAUUGGAUCUAGGAGCAAUUGACUUGCCAAAAUGUGAUGAUAGUAAAAAAUCAAAUAUCAUUUUACAGAGCCAGUGUGUUGUUUUUUCAGGGCAUUCAGACAAUGAAACUAUCUCUUUACAUUCCUCAUUUUCAAGUGUAAAAGUUGUUUCAGAUGAAGAUACAUCUACUGAUGUGAAAAGUUACAGCUCACAGGCAAACUUUGGCACAACUUGUAAGGACUCUAAAAGCAUUGAUAAGCAGCAGAACACUACAGAAGAAACAGUUAAAUUACACUCAGAAGUUAUUUAUAUGGGGGAACCUUGCAUUGUUUCAGGGUCCGUGGCAAUAAAUGCUGAGAGUCAGGUAGAAAACACAAAUAAAGAAAAACUGGAUGAAUCUCUAGAUCUAAAACAGACACUUAAAGAGUUGCCAACAAUUAAAAGUGAAACUGGUGUGGAUAACCUCUCACCAACCAGCAGUACUGAUAUUGUAAAGCAAGGACUUGUAGAAAACUACUUUGGUUCUCACAGCAGUACAGAUGUUUCUGAUAUUUGCCCUACUGACAAUAGCGAUCCGGUUAGCCCUCAGAAGGAAACAUCUGAAAAACAACCUACCAGUUCUUCCCGGCUGGAGGAGGAGGAAGAUGAAGAGCAGGAUCAAGAAAUGGUUGAAAAUGGGUAUUAUGAGGAAACAGACAAUGGUAAUAUUUUUGAUGGAGCUACAAAUUCUGACUUUGAGCAGAAUAAUGGACUAAUGAAAGAGAGCGAUUUGACCUCUGAGAGAAUGAGCAAUGAGCAUUUAAGAGAUGGGAUGAGUAUGCCUCCCGUCUGUACUUCUGGUUGUUUGUCUUUUCCUUCUUCCUUGAGAGACUCUCCAUGCAAUGUUAUAUGUUCUUCAAAAAGCAAAUCUGAUACAAUUACAAAACAGCCAGGAAGCAUAUCCUGCAGUAUGGCUUCAUCUGUUUCCUGGUAUGAAAGCUCCUCCAAGCCUCAAAUGCUAGCUUUCCUUCAGGCUAAAGAAGAACUGAAGCAACUUAAACUUCCUGGAUUUAUGUAUAGUGAUGUUCUCAGAUUGGCUUCUUCGAUACCUUAUUUCAGCAUGGAAGAGGAGGAUGUUUCAGAAGAUGGAAUACAUCUUAUAGUUUGUGUCCAUGGCUUAGAUGGAAACAGCGCUGAUUUAAGAUUAGUGAAGACUUACAUUGAGCUUGGACUACCUGGAGGGCGUAUAGAUUUUCUUAUGUCUGAGAGGAAUCAGAAUGAUACCUUCGCCGAUUUUGAUUCCAUGACUGAUCGACUUUUAGAUGAAAUUAUACAAUAUAUUCAGAUUUACAAUCUAACAAUUUCAAAGAUCAGCUUUAUUGGACAUUCGCUGGGCAAUUUAAUAAUCCGUUCAGUGCUCACAAGACCUCGGUUUAAAUAUUACCUCAACAAGCUUCACACUUUCCUGUCUCUGUCUGGACCACAUCUUGGUACCCUGUACAACAGCAGUGCUCUUGUUAAUACAGGUCUCUGGUUUAUGCAGAAGUGGAAAAAGUCGGGUUCUUUAUUACAACUGACGUGUCGAGAUCAUUCAGACCCCCGGCAAACCUUCUUGUACAAACUUAGUAAAAAAACAGGUCUUCAUUACUUUAAAAAUGUAGUGUUAGUAGGAUCUCUGCAGGAUCGUUAUGUUCCUUAUCACUCUGCCCGCAUUGAAAUGUGUAAAACAGCUUUAAAAGAUAAACAAUCAGGACCAAUUUAUGCUGAAAUGAUCCAGAACCUGCUUCUUCCAGUUCUUCAGAACAAGGAAUGUAAUUUGGUUCGAUACAAUGUAAUUAAUGCAUUGCCCAAUACAGCGGAUUCUCUAAUAGGGAGAGCUGCACACAUUGCUGUUCUUGAUUCAGAAAUAUUUUUAGAAAAGUUCUUUCUGGUUGCUGCCCUAAAAUAUUUCCAGUAGAAGAAAAGCAUUGUAAGAUACUUGGCUAUUACCUCAUUAACAAAUGAAUCAAAUAAUGUGUGGUAUUAAAGUAUAGCUGCAGCUGUAUUUUAAGAGAUAUUUAUACUUUUUAUAUGGAAGAUAAUUUAUAUCAUCCAUGUCUAGAGCUUUUUUAACAUCAACUUUACUUUCUAGGUGAUGUGGCUGUGCAAUAUUUUUUUAUUUUAUUCUUUUUACUUUUCUAUUACUUUUUCUUAAUUUUGGGGUACCUAAUUAUUUGAGUGGAGAUUGAAGCACACUAUGUACAUUUGGUUGUUUUAUUAUUGGUUCCUAGACUACAAAAGUCAGUGCAAAGCGAUGGCUGCAUUUUAUGAGACUUUGAAUGCCAAAAUAAAUUGGAAUAUAAAAAUUGUAAUAAGGUAUUAUACAUUCAGUUGUAAGGUUUUAGCAUUGUAGAAAAUUUAACUGGAAAAAACAAUUAGCUGCUAAAAUAUCAGAUAUUUGAAAACAACUAUAUCCAAAGGUCUGGGAAAGACCAUUAUUUCAUGAGCAAACUAAGUCAUCAGAUAUCACUACAUCUUUAACAGUUUUCUACAAAAUCAUCAUCAUCGUUACUAAACAUGUUAUGCCUGUGGAAAUAUAUUUUCUACUGAUGUUUUAAAAAACAUGUUGGUUUACAUAUUCGCUUUUAUUACUGGAACUUUAGUUUUCAGAAGUAAGCAGCAAUUGAGAUUUUUGAAUGUUUAAAUGACAGCUGCCUUCAAAUAAUUGGAGUUUUGCAAAAUUUAAUAAAAUUGCUCUUACAUUGUCAAUUCAGUUCUUCAAAUAAACCUUUUACACAGACUUCCGUAUAUGUACCUAAUAUAAGUAAAGGUUAUAAAUUUCUGCAAUACUUUUCUGAAUUUAGAUAAUUUUUAAAUAUUGUUAAAAUGUUUUAUUGACUACAAAGUAUUGUAAAUAUAAAUCAAUGCAUCUUGAAAUGGGAUAAAAUUAUAAACUUUACAUGUUUAGUGUUAAAGAUAAAAUGUUUUUGAUAUACAGGAAUGUUAAAGGUCUGUUGACUUUUUACUGGUGCUGAAAUAGCAUUGAGUUCAGUUUCUCCUCCCUCCCCUUUUACCUGUUUCAAACAAUAAUGCACUAAAGGUGGAAAGGAGGUUAUAUGUGCGUUCACUAAUUGUAAUGAACAUUUUUUUUUGAAAAAUAUAAAUUUGUUGUAUAACUAAUGCAUGUUUCUUUUUAGCAUUGUGUUAUUGCAUCUGGUGUUAAUAAAAUGAACAAAUGAUUCUGACAGAA